GCACUACAAAAGUGAAUCUGAUAAAAAUCCCGUCAACUGUUUCCAGUCCGCGAGACACUGCCCUAGCUGCUGUGAUAUGCAGUGCACUGGCAACUGUACUCCUAGCCCUCCUCAUCCUGUGUGUGAUCUAUUGCAAAAGGCAAAUUAUGGAAAAGAAGCCAAACUGGUCUGUAAGAUCACAGGAUGUUCACUAUGAAGGCUCUGAACUAUCAUGUUUCGACAGACCGCAGCUUAACGUAUAUCCUCACAGAGCAUGUUGCCAUUGCCAACGGGACCCAUCACACAUGUGUGGCCCAGUGCAUCUGAUUCCAUCACUGUGUUGUGAUGAUACUUGCAGCCUGGAACACAGCUGUCAUAGCUGUCCUUUUCACUCUCAGACGACACUUCAUGAAAGGCAUUCAAAUUCUGUUGGUGAAAUGAUUCCAGCAUUCCUUGGUUCCCUUUCACACUCUACCUGUGGAGAUCUUUCCGAUGCUUGGCCCCUCAUCCAAAAACCAGGUUGUUGUGAUGGCAUCUCUUUCUGUGAAUCAUAUCCUGAGCUAACAGGAGAUGAAAAUUCUUUCAGCCUAGAGACUGAGAAAACCAUCAUGGUAGAUUCAAAUACUGACCGAGAUCUAAAUCUAUUCAUGUCUACGAAGUUUCAUUUUAGAAGCUUGGCAGAGUCAGUUGAACAUCCGCCCAGAACGUCUUGUAUUACUGCUUCAUUAAAUCAGACAUUAGCUCCUGAACCGUUGUCAUCAACAGAACAGGACGGAUCCGCUAACAAUACCAGAAAUUGAUGGCCAGGAAUCUAAAGGACCUUUUCCGGUCAGCCCUCAAACUGAAUCCUUCCCAUCACCACAUGCCUUAGAAGAAAUGGAAUGUGGCCUGGAUGUCAAAGUUACAGGGCUUCAAAAGCAGCUGACAUACACUGGCAUCAUUGGAGACACAGCAGCUGUGAGCAAAAAGCUUCAAGGAGCAGCUUGGUAAAAAAAACAGAAACCCAAAGGCCGAUUCAUGCGACUGUGUCUCCUUUCUUAACAGCAAGCUUCUGUGCCUCGAUGACACACAAGAAAAGCUUGGCAGACUGAUCUUGCAGCUAUGCAGACUGUGUAAAUAUAACAAGCUAUAGAAUAGUAUUUUUUUAUCUGCUUAUGGCUACUAACGAC